AUGCGUGCCGGAGCUUCGGCCCACGAGCUGGCCACCGUAUCUCGCCUUCAACCCGACCAUAGUGUCCGCGCCAAGGCAAUGACUGGGAUUGGUCAACUCCGGACGCUACAGCUGGAGGCAUGCCGACUGCAGCUGGAAAAGGCGGUACGCUCCGUGGCAUGCACAUCGACAUCGUUGACACAAGCCAUGCAGAGGAUACCACCUACGGCGAACGCAGAGUCUCAACACGCCCGCCGGGCUCAAGACGCCCGCCGGGCUCAAGCGAUCAACCGCGCUAAGACCCUUGAAGCAACCACUAGCCAAAAGUACAGGCAGGGUAAGAGCACCCUCCUGGCCGCGGUUCAAGAAGCCGUUGCCGCGCGUGCAAUGGCCGCGGGCGCGGCGGCAAGGGUCCAAGAAGGGAUCAAUGAAUGCAGGACCGUGGCGAGCAUCUCCUUGGGCAGCGUGCGGCAACAGCACGAAGAACACGUGGAGACGAGCAUGAAGCACCUCCUGCACCUCGACGAAACCAUGAAAGGAAUUUCCCAAAUGGUGAGAUACUUCACGUUGUAUACAUCCAAAAAGCAGGAGGUGGAAAUCGUGAUGGCCGUGGCUGCGGACCCCGGCCUCUCUGGUGGGGUGACGAAGUACCACAAAUGCCCGAACGGUCACGUGUACGGUGUGGGAGACUGUGGUGCGCUGAACGGGCGCGGGAUCUGCCCGGAGUGCGGACUUGCGAUCGGCGGCCCAGGUUAUCAUUGA